AUGCGCUACACCUGCCUUCUGCUCCUUUUGGCCACCAUCGGUUGUCUGCUGAUUGGUGACGGUUCUGCCACCGGCACCGCCACCACCACCACCACUGAGGCGGCCACCACAACCACAGCUGCGGCUAGUACCACCACCACAUCGGCCUCGGCCACCACAACCACCACAGCGUCAUCAUCAUCAUCAUCUGGCAAGAAGGUAAUACACAGGAGGAGGAAGAUCGUCAGAAAUAGGCCAGCCGUGAGGAGGAGGAUCCACAGGAGGCGUUCCAACUCGACUUCCAGCACCACAAGGAGCACCCGAUCCCGCAGGAAUCGUCGUCUGCGCCGCCUCAGCCUUUAAAAAAA